AUGAACGCAUUCUUACAUGGUACCAUUGAUGAGAUGAUCUACAUGAAACAACCAAAAGGAUUUGAAGACGACCAUCAUCCGCACCAUGUCUGUAAACUCAAGAAAGCUAUUUAUGGACUCAAACAAGCUCCUCGGCAAUGGUUCCAAACCUUUUCAACAUUUCUCCACACUCUUGGGUUCUCUCCGGGCAUAGCUGACUCGUCCCUAUUUAUCCUUACAAUGGGAAACAGUCAUCUAUAUCUUGUUAUAUAUGUAGAUGAUAUACUACUAACUGGCAAUGAUUCCACUUUGAUUACAAAUGUUAUUUCUCAGCUAAACAAUAAAUUCAACAUGAAAAAUCUGGGGAUGGCAAGCAGCUUUCUCGGUAUUACCAUCAGCUCGAUGAACAAAAGAUAUAUGCUAUCCCAACAGCACUAUGCCGCUUCAAUCCUUAAACUAGCAUGUAUGACCAACUGUAAGGCCCUAGCUAAUCCUUCGUGCGCCAGGCUUCCGGAUCCCAAUAUCAAAGACGCCUUACCAUUCGACUCCAAGCUUUACAGACAUAUCACUGGUUCUCUGCAGUACCUUGUCAUAACUAGACCGGAUAUAUCAUUUAUGGGCAAACCGGAACUACACUCUUACUCGAACGCUGAUCGGGCUGGAGACAAAGAAACACGUCGAUCUACUUCUGGCUACUGUACAUUCUUCGGCAACACACUCAUCUCCUGGAGUGUCAAAAAGCAGCACACUGUCGCUCGCUCUUCAACAGAAGUUGAAUACCGGUCUCUCGCUACAGCUCUCGCCAACAUACUAUGGCUCUGCCAGCUCUUACUUGAUUUCCAUAUUCAACUACAGUCUCCCACAGUCUACAUUGCGAUAGUACGUCAGCGAUUGCACUGA